CCGAAUGCAGCGCGAGGGUGCUCAAUAAUGCAGCGCAGCCUCAGGCUUGUGGAACGCCCUACCACAUGUUGAUCAGGUGUUGAUCCCCCAUUGAUCACACAAUGGCGCUCCACAGAAGUGGCAGGACCAGUGGCUGCUUUAUCACCGUCAAAGUGGUGCUGAUGUGAUGCAAGGAUUGAGGGAAAACUAGAAAAGGUACCAGCGAUGACGAGAGAAGAACCAGCUAGCUCAAAGGGUGCGAUUGUGGAAGCCAUUGCAAUUUGGGCGAGAUGCUGUAAUUAGCUUUCUCAAGGCGAGGGGGAGGGUUGAGAUCUUUGAACGACUGUGUGCCUCAUGGGUUGAUCAGGUCAACUACUCUGCAAGCCCUUUUAACAAUUUGUUGAAAAAGAAGAAAUGACGAGUGGCAGAGCGAUGCAGUGGGGCAUUCCCUGCUACAGUGACAGGGUUGCCAAGACAGUCCUUGUUCUGUUGGCAUAUUUGGUGUACUGUGAGGCAAGGCCUAUCUCUUUGGAGCAGCAGCAUUUGGAACACUCGAGGGCCCUACAAGUCAACACAGCAGGCUUCGCAAAGCCGGACUACUCAUACUACCAUAAGAGUGAUGAGCUGCUCCGAGAAGUACGGCUCCUAGUUGAGCGCCACCCUGACAUCAUGGAAACUGAAACCUUGAGCCAUCAGAACGAGGAGUACUCAGCCAACAUGGAGGUGGUCACGGUGCGGCCUUAUGCAACGCCGGGAGAAGCGCCUCGGACGCUGCGAGCUUUGCUGGACUUUGGCCAGCACGGGCGAGAGCCGAUCACGUGCGAGGUGGCGCUGCGGCUGCUGCGGGUGUUGGCGGGGGAGGCGGAGCUGCCCCCCGGGGUUGACCAACUUCAACUCACAGGCCUACUCAAGCAGUUGGUUAUCAAGAUCGUUCCUGCAGAGAAUAUCAACGGCAAAAGGAAGGUGGAGGCUGGCGAGCUUUGCGAACGGAAAAACGGAAGGGGCGUCGAUCCCAACAGAAAUUGGAGCAUCGACUGGGGCGUAAAAGAACCGGACUACGAUCCGGCGGAAGAGUUCCCCGGAACGGGCCCGUUCAGCGAGCCGGAAGCGGAACUCUUGCAAAAGCUGGCCGCCGGGUUCCGGCCGCAUCUCUGGGUCAACGUCCACUCGGGCAUGGAGGCCCUGUUUCUGCCGUACGACCAUUUGUCGUCCACUCCCCCCGACACCGUGGCGGGCCCAAUGCUGGAGCUGCUGCAGAAAGUGAAUCGCCUGCACUGCGGCGGGCGGUGCGUUGUCGGGUCGGGGGGCGGCUCUGUGGGGUAUCUGGCGCACGGCACCGCAACCGACUACAUGUUCGACGUGCUCCACAUCCCGCUGCCGUUCACGUGGGAGAUCUACGGCGAUGAGAAGGCUAACAACGACGACUGCUUCCGCAUGUUCAACCCCGUCAGCAGAGCGGUGUUCGAAGAAGUUGUGAGCAACUGGACGUCCGCGUUCAUCACCGUCCUUUCGGAUUUGUCGCUAACUCUAGACAAGCUGCCGGCGCCUUACACGGACGACAGGUGGCUCGUCCGAAACACGAGCUCGGCACUGGGGCAAGUCAAUGUUAGCGUUGACGGGAGCAUGCACGGAAUAAGGCGGGAUGACCUGCCUUGGGAAGAGCAUUCCGCUGGCUCGAUCAAGGGGCUAGCAGAACAGAUAAAGAAGCGAGGGAGCCUCGAAGAGCUCGAGGAUAGCCGAGGGAUGUAUAGCGCCUUCGGGCAAACGUGGUAUGAGAUUCUACCGAUCGUGGUGUUUGGGCUCGUGUUUGCUUCUCUUGUACUUAGGCGGAGCUCGGUGUGGCUCUGGUGGAGACGACGGACGUACUCGAGGGGGCGUGGGACGCCGCGUGCUAUUUUGCCGCUCUGAUACGAAUAGUAGAUACGAGGAGCUGCUUCGCAGUCAUCAAGUGCAUCCCCAAAGCGCUUCCUAUUCAUGGAGGAUCUAGGCCAAGGUGGGCCCGGGCACUGCAGAUGCCCCAAGGAGGA